AUGUCAUCGUUGAUCCUGCCCCGACCACCCAUCCAGACUGAGAAACCCCAUCCAAUUUCUCUUCCCCAGGAAGAGAUGUCGAUAGCAUAUCCGUCAACGGCAGGUACAGUUGGGUCAAUGGAAGAGGAAGAGUUCAAGGGUUCGAACUCGUUCGACUAUGGUAUCCUCGAUUUCCGGACUGGCAAUCAAGUAGUCGAUUUAUCUACCGAUCAGCCCGGCGUCCACUUCCAUCAUGUGCCCGACAUUCUCACAGGUGAUCCCGGGAAAAGUGUGUUAUUGCUCAGCAGUUGGACAGCCGCCAAUGGUAAAGGUGAUCCCCGUUUUCGACAAGAGAUCACCCUGAUUUAUUGUACGCAAGUUACCUCUCCUCUUGAUCCUACCAAAGUCUAUGAUGUCUGCAUGCAAAAGCUCUGUGAAGUGAUGUUCUCCCGUCACUACUCACUGAAGCGAGUUGCAGAGGCAGUAAGUGAUUCCUUACGCAUUGAUCACGCAGUCAUAGGUGUUUUAAAACUCAAGAACACUCUCUACCAUGGGCAAGGACGAUUAGUGAUAAAUGAUACUUCCAUGAAAUGGAUCUCUGCUGACCCAACCCAACCUCAUACCGAUUUUGGAGGUUGGGACAUGACAUUUGGGAAAAUCUCCUUCCCAAAGUGUGAUAUUAGGCUUUAUUCAAACGGAACCCCAGGAGUAAGUUGUCGUUUGAUACCAGGUGCUUUGAAGUCAGAUGUCAAAAAUCUUCAAAGUGUAACAAUAAUCAGUGGAACAUGGGAACCGCAAGAAGGAGAGGGCAUGAUGACAAAUAAGUCUGUGAACGACUGUUUACAGACCAAUGGUUGGAAAAGAUUACAAAGGUUCCGAGUUGAUAGUGAUAUCCAGAGUAUUAAUGGAAAUGAUCCAAGGUCAUAUCUACGGUUCGAGAUCAAUACUUUUACGGAAUCCAGCUUGCCGCUCGAUCCACUAAAAGUCGCAAAGAUUCAUGCCUUGGUCUGGGCUGUUAUGUCUCCAACUGAUUUGGAGGGAUGUAACCCUGAUGAAAUGUCCUGCAAAUUGGCCAGCAAAAUGCAGAAGGAGUUGAACGACGAGAGGUCAUUGACCAGUCCCCAGGAUAUGGUCGUACCCGCGGACUGGUUCACGAUGGUUACAGCUGAAGAAAGUGGCUUUUGUUGGGUCACCCCAGAGGGGGUUGACGUAUCUCGAGGACUUGAUGGGUAG